UUCUUCUUCUUCGUCCCCUGGCUGCUGAUGCUGCUACUUCCUUCCUCUCCUCUCUCCCCCCUGUCCCCGUAUUCUCUCUGCCUCUGCCCCUGUUCUAUUCUACCGAUGGAUGGAUGGAUGCCAACUAUUCUCCCCCUCGGUCUCGGUCGUGGUCUCGAUCUCUGUCGAUCUCUGUCGAUCUCUGUGUAAGUGAGUGAGUAAGUGCGUCUGUGAGAGUGAGUGAGUGCAUCUCUCUGUGUGUGUGUGAGAGUGAGUGAGUGCAUCUCUCUGUGUGAGUGUGUGUGUGUAUCUCUCUCUCUCAGAGUGUGUGAGAGAGUCUGUCUGUGUCGGUCGGUCUGUCCGUCUUUCCCUUUUGCCGUCUUUUUCUCCUUCCUCUUCCUUUCCUCCCCCCUCCUUUUUUCCCUCCUUUUCUCCCUUCCCCCCCUCCAUUCCCUUCCCUGCCCCUUUCCCUCCUCUAUUCUCUAUUUCUAAGUCUCUUUUCCUCCUAUUGCUGUUUCCCGUGCCUCCUCUGCCGCGCUCGCUCUCCCUCUCUCUCUCUCUCUCUCUCUCUCUCUCUCUCCCACUCUUGUCCAGGUCGAGAUGUCACACGACCCCCCCUCGACUGCCUCCGACCCCGUUCUCUUGCAUCCGGAACCCCGCCCCGCCGCUUCUGACCAACUUAAUAAUGCUAGUAGUGUAAUGGACGAAGAAAAACCCCCGCCGGUCUCGCACUCUGCCCCUCAGGGUGUCGUGGAACAGCCACAGAAGGAUAUUAAUCCAGAGGAGGUGGCAGGGACAGUGCUUGAGGGUAGUAGUGAGAAGCCAGGUUCAGGUGCUGCUGCCCAGGCUCCUGUUUCUCAGGAUGACCGUUCUGCAGAGGGAGAAGAAGCAGAAGCAGAUGACGAUGGCGAAAAACUUAGAGAAGCAGAAGGAGAAGGAGAUGACGAGGACGAGGGAGAAGAAGCAGUAGUAGAACAGGAAAAAAAACAGAGGGGGAGAAAGAAGCGACCUGAAAAAGUGAAGAAGGAGUCUACUGAUGACGAGGUGGAGCAAGAUGUCAAGACACCUAAACGUGGUCAGUUCACGGCAGAGAAGAAAGCAGCGGCCUCGUUUGCGUCAGACAGGCCUACGCGGGAGCGUAAGACCAUUGACAGGUUUAUAGCUUCAGCUGAAAAGGACAAUACUAAGGAACUGGAGAUAAAACAGGGUGAUGGAACGCCAUUGAAGGACAUACCGAAUGUUGUGUACAAGCUCAGCAAAAGGUUCAAGCAUGAUGAGACAUUGAGUCAACUACAUUCAAUUCUGUUCAACAAGCGAGGGAAGGCUGCUGUUUUGAAGCGACACAUCCUGCAAUUUUCCGGAUAUGUGUGGAGUGAAAACAAGGAGAAAGAGAGAGCAAAAAUUCAAGAAAAGCUUGAGCGUUAUACAAAGGAUAGUUUAGUGCAAUUUGUGGAUGUAUUGGACAUUCACGUGUCGAAAACCCUCAAAAAGGAGGACCUUGUGGCUAAAGUGUUAGAGUUUCUGGAGAAACCUCACCGAACGACUGAUACUUUGUUGGAAUUCAAGAAUCAGGAGCGCACCUCCUUAGGAAAGAGAUCGUCAUCAGGAAAGAAACCAGGAAGACCUAAGAUUCAAAAAGCUGAAGGGAAGUCCACUCGAAAGCGUGAGAGGAAGAAAGCUUCCGACGAUGCAGAUAGCGACAACUCUGAGAAGGACAUUGAUGGUGCGAUAGUGGAGGAAGAGUCGGAGAAAAAGCGUUUGGACUUCAAGGAUGACACCGAUAAUGAUGAGUCGAUGGAUGUGGAGAAGGAGCAAGUAAGAGAUUCCAGCACAGUAAUUGAGCAAGAUUCUGAGGAAAGACCUGCCGAGGAAGAGGGGAAUCAAGUGGAUAAGGAAGUACACAAGCCCCCAAGAAAAAAGUCCAAGGUUGGGGCUCAUGACGUCACCCGGAAGUCACCAUCAAAGGCCGCCGAUAGAGUUUAUUCAAAGAAGUUGAAAGCAGAAGCCUCAAAACGUGUAUCCUCAUCUACAGCUUCAAAGCAAUCCCGUAAGACUCCAGGAAAAAAAAAUUCACUUGAAGACAAUGAUGCAGGGAAGAAGUCUAUUGUGAAAGGCGGUGAGUCAAAUAAAUCUGCAAUUCCCUCUGAUGGGGAACUGCAGGCUAAGAUCCGAGAGCUUCUCAGAGAAGCCGACUUCAGUAAGGUUACGUUCACAGAUGUCGUUUCCCAGCUUGAGAGGAUAUUUGGAGUCAGUCUCGUUGAGCGAAAAGGACACGUUAAAGGACUUAUUAGGGAUGAAAUCAGCAAACUUACUGAGGCAGAGGAGGAAUCGGAGAAAGAUGCCGAAGAGACCGCAGAAGAUGAGUAACCCAAUUUAAGCAGUAGUGAGUUUAAGACAUUGUUAUUCCAGCCCCAUUUAGCCAUUAUUGUGAAGUCCCACCACUGUAGUCUUUCCCAUGCGGCAAAAGUAGAUGGAAAGUAGGGGCACUUCAGUGCUGUUUCACGCUAUUCACAAAUCCCUACUUCUUGAGGUGGGUUCCUCACAAUAACAGUUCUUUUCAGAAAGGGGAAGCUGUUGCACUUACGAAUUAUAAUUCACUGUUUUUCUUUAUUGUUAUAUCGAUGCUUGUCAUUUACUCAAAUUACUGGAUUACUUCGGUAACUCAAGUAAAUUAAUUUGUGCCA